CAUGAAUGACUACAUUACACCUAUGGAGAAACUCUUUGCAGUGAUUGGCCCACCACUUAGGGAGGGGAGGGGCCUAACAGAUGAGGAAGUGGUGAUGGGAAACAAACUUCUGGUGUACAUAAGCUGCUGUCUUGCAGGAAGGGCAUAUCCACUUGGAGACAUCCCUGAGGACCUUGUGGUUCAAGUCAAACACCAGGUGUUUGAGUUCCUUAUCCGGCUCCAUUCAGCCGACUCAUCAGAGGAGGAGGAGGUUUUCCCGUAUAUUCGCACACUCCUCCACUUUGAUACCCGGGAGUUCCUCAAUGUCCUCGCCAUGACAUUUGAAGACUUUAAGAAUGAUAAGCAGGCCCUUGAGUACCAGCAGAGGAUAGUGGACAUCUUACUUCAGAUACAUCACUUAGGUCACCUGCAUGACAAAACAGUAGCAGAGUCGUCAUUAUCCUGGACAGAAAUGACUCAUGAGGUGAUGGUGGACAACCCAGACUUUACUCCCUCCCAGGUGGGCGGGCUCUUCACCUUCUUGGCCCGCCAGUUGGCGAAGCCAGACAACACGCUUUUUGUGAACAGGAAGCUCUUUGAUCAGGUUCUGGAAUUCCUGUGUUGCCCAGACGAUGACUCCAGACACACUGAGAGGCAGCAGGUUCUGCUGGAGCUGCUGCAGGUCGGCGGUGUGGUCCAGUUUAAUGAAGGAAGGCUGCUGGCUUUGGCAGAGAAGGCCAAGUUCUACCAGAUCUGUGAAUUUCUUUAUGAGAAGAAACAUCUGUAUGACAGGAUCAUUGAGUGCUACCUGAGAGACCCCCUCAGAAAGGUUGAGAUCUUCAGCUACAUCCACAAUCUGCUGUCCAUGCCUGGCUACAGCCCUGAGGAGAAACAAGCAGUCAAGGACAAAGCACUGCAACACAUGCAGGUCAGUACAUACACAGAGACAUACACACAGUUAUCCCUUAACUUCUACCCGGAUCCCAGUGUGGUAGUCGGCUGA